GUACUGUCUUUCAAGUCAAGUCGAAUUCUUUGGAAUUUUGUUCGAUCUCCUUUAAGUCCGACUAGAAUUCUAAAUUAUUUGGGUACAUGAAUGCUAUAUCGACCAGGGAAUCGUUCAAAAUACUUUAAUUUGAAAUCCUAUUCUGACGUUGGGGUUUUGACACGUGGUCACGUUCAACAUGACAAGCCUGUGGAUGGGAGAUGUAAGUUUAUGAUAGCAGUUUUUGAGAUGUUAUGGUAAAAUAGAAAAUCAGAAAUGGCUCGUUAUUUCUCCUCUGCGUUAGAGGCAUUAAAAUUUGCAGUACGACGAAUAGCAGUACAUGCGCACACAGUACAGAUGCCUACAAUUUUGUAGACUUGUCUCCCAACUUAUCAUAGUGAAAAGGAGUGAAUUCCCACAUCACCUCUGUGACCCUUAGCCCUACCUUGACUUCAUCCCAAGAUGGCUUAACUGCAGAAUGACUGCAUAUCUACUUACCCAGUUCUUUGAAGGUUACAACAUGGAAGGCAUGAUACUCUGGAGUGAAUUCCCUAAACCUUUGCUUUUGACCCUAAAUCUACAUGUAGCUUUAACUAUCAUCCUAGCCAUAUCUUGCAUAUUACAGCAGUGAUUUGGUAACUCUAGAUCUUAACUCACAGACAAGCGUGCACACGUCAAUGAAUUUUAUUGACGUUCACAGGGUGCAAAGAAAAUCAUUUUUACAGCUUUCCAUUCGAAGCUGAAGCUAGCAUUUACUAGACCAGAUGUCGCAUCAACUAGCCCUUAAAACGUUUUGACUAGCGGAAUUUAUUUCACAGUUCUUCUGUCAUUCGAAUUCCUCAAAAAACAUCACUUGCACUUUGGGCAAGUUAAAAACAGAAUUCACUUGCCCAAUAGCAAAAUCCACUAGCCCCAGGCAAUUGGACACCACUUUCUUUGCACGCUACAUUCAUCAACAAACUCCACAGUGAGUGGUUCAAUAUCCAGACCCCCACUACUGAGGGAAUUUCACUUAGGACCCCGCCACCUCCCUGGAUUUUCCACUUUUGUAGGGAGCUGAUGACCCCCUAACCCCUCCGUAAUUUCCACAAGUGUGACAAAGACCCCCCCCCCCCCCCCCCCCUGUAUUUCUUUUUUUUUUUUUAAAGGCACCGCCCCCCCCCGGAUCCACACUCUUUCCCCACCCGCCCCCCCUCCGAUCUAUUUUCCCCCUUUUUAGGGGGCCUAUGACCCCCCAACCCCCCCCUAAAUUCCCCAAAUGGGACAAAAACCCCCCCCCCCCCACUCCCCAACCCCACUAGAAAAGUUCAUUUUCACGAAGAAAGAUCAUAAAGUAAAAGAACGAAGUCAUUUACAGUUACUAUGCAACAUUUUCCAUUUAUUAAUUGAUCUCCCAACAUUAGAGCAUACCACACUACCUACAAAGUAACCUAAUCUGCAAAAUUUUGCUUAAUGUAGUGACAUUACACCUUUCUCCUGCUACUAGAAAAAGUUAAGUUGUAUAUUUGAAUUUACCUUCAUGUGCAAGAGGGGGCCUGGAUAUAUUUUCUGGAACCAUACAUUAGGGGUGGUAUAGUAAUUUUGGCAUUCCCCUAAGAGGAAAAUGAUCUAAGUUUUGUCACCACCUGAGAAAAACUCCAAUUAAGUUUUAAAUAAAUAAAAUUUAAUAAAGAGCCCAUAGAAUCAUCAGUGGCAAUCCUUGGGGGGUAACCUGGGGGAAAUAUGCAAGCAAGGUGCGGGAUUUGUUGACAUCUGCUGCAAAUUUUAUUCUAGGACAGGGGGGAUUGGAUUGUGUUUGAAUUAACAUACAUUAUUUUGUACAUAUCAGUUUUUUUUAUAUGUAAUAGCUUGACAGUUACAUGGAUGAAGCAUUUAUCAGUAGUGCCUUUGCAGCCAUGGGGGAAGCAGUGAUUUCAGUAAAGAUGAUAAAAAACAGAGCUACCGGGUAAUGUCUUUUGUAGCUACAAAAUUAGUUGAGACACUUUGCCGGAAAGGGGCUUCAGCUUUUUGAUGUUUUACGAACUUUAGAAGGGGAAAAUAAAGUUUUUCCGCCCCCAUCCCCUCCAUGCAAUUUUGUGCCGCUGUUCAAGCUACCUGUAGAAAACCACAAACACCUCAACUUUGAAUGGAGAGGAGGGGGGAGGGGUGUAGAUUCUUUUGUUCUCUGAAGUUACCUUAUUUGAGUAUAAUGUCUCAACAAUGUUGUCGCCGAUUGUACAAAUGUAGCUAGAACAAAAUGUUAACAUCAAACUAUUCAAUGUGCCAGUUGACCAUGAGAGACCUUGAAUUAUUAAAUUCCGUGGUUCUUCCUGAAAAAGAAGAUUUCUUUUUUCUUGGGCAUUAUUAAUAAUCAUUCUUAUUAGGGUUUAUUUAAGACAACUUUAGCUAGAUAUCAUUUCAUGCAGCUUUAGACUGGGGUGCUGUAAAUUCCUCAUGCUUUCUCUGUUGCAAAAGAGGGAGGUGAACAGUCAAACUCAAAAUGCAGUCUCUAAGCUCGAUAGAUGUUGCGGCAACAGAAAAUUUGAUGUGAAGAAACAGGAAAACUGCUACAAAGCGAGGACUGUGAAACACACACGUAUUGUUAUGGCUACUGCAGAAAAUUGAUGUGGUAGCAGACUGUGUAAAGCAUGAAGAAAAGUAGAAAAUUACAGAAGCACUUAAAGUGGACCAAUACAAUUGUACAGCCUAGUGCCUAACAGCUACCUGAGAUGUAAAAUACUUAUUGAAUGUGCAAAAAAGAAAACUAAAAAAAGUAAUAAAGGCACUAGUUAACGAAGAUGAGAAAGCAAAGAGAUGCUAUCCAGGCCUGGCAAAAAAAAUAAACUUAUAACUUAACACCUAAAUUUGCACAAAGAAUCUAAACAAUUGCAAAAGGAUAGGGUGAACUAUAUUUUGUGAAAAGGAAAAACAAAUUAUGGAAAAUUGUUACACUUGGAUCUUAUAGUGUUUGCUUACAUGUACAACAGGUGGUUGUUAAUGAGAGGUUGCAACAGUCACAGGAAAAUUUUGGUGUUUGGAUAGGUGUUGCUUGUGGGAGGUGGUCACUUACGAUAAGUGGUCACAAGUGGAGCUGGUUUGACUGUGUGUAAAGUUGUAUAGAGAGUGAGUGUGUACAUCUAGGCCACUUUGUUGUGUUUACUAACAAGUAUUUGUCACAUAUCAGGUCUCCAGCUGGUUACUGUUUUGUUGACUUUGGUGACUACACAGUCUCACAGAAGGUUAUGACUAAACUCAGUGGUUUGCCAAUUCCUGGGAGCAAUCCUGUAUGUAUAGUAUUUAUUAAAACAAUUAAAGCUGUAAGUGCAAGCUAGUAUACAGUGUAUAUAUGGUCAUUUCCUAAAGCAUAGUUUGCACUAAGUAUAACAUAUAGUCAUUUUUUAUAUUUUAAAUUUUGUUGUCCCAGAAUACAACCUUAGUCAUUCUCGCCAUGAAGAUUCUUUAGUUUGAACCCCCUCCCCUCAGGCCAGGACUGUGGACUAUACAUGUACUUUUUUAUUCAAGUAUUGUGUUUCUGGUGCUCUGGUAUAUGUACUGUACACUGUACAUGUGUGUCCAUGCCAAAAAAAGAGUGGAAUGGACUUUUUGUUAAAGUUACAUGGAGCAUAAUUUAAGAUAAUUUAUAAUUUUAAAAAUGAUUAACCUUAAUCUAUUCCAAUUUUACAGAUAAAGAGAUUUAAAUUAAAUUGGGCCACAUAUGGCAAGGAUUCAUUCACACAGUGAGUAAUUCAACAGUUUUCUUCCUUAGUUUGGUUCCGGUUGGUUUUCAUGAAAGUAUGCUAUGAUAAAUAUAUCUGAGAUUUCUCUGUUACACAGAUUUACGUUUUACACAUUCUCCAUUGCCUCAAAACCAUGUGAUGUCACAAACAAAUUAUAAUUGGAAUCUCAACCAUACAUGUAUACAUGUACUUUAUUGAUUUGUGAUUACUAGUGUAAAUAAGAUAGAGUAUAAGCAUUACAAUCCAUGUAUGUUACGCAUGUGAAUUUAAUCAUUAUGUCAUUUCAUUAAUACAGGGGACCAGAGUAUUCAAUAUUUGUGGGUGAUUUGUCUCCUGAUGUUACUGACGAUGCCCUUAAGGUAGGAUCUUGCAACUAUUACACUGUUAGUGACAUUUAACCCUUUGGUGAUGGGUGUGGUCAUUUUUAUGCAAUAUGGAGCAAUGCAGAUCCUGCAUUUCUGGACCAUUUUGCUUUCACUUCAAGUUAGUUAGGUUAUGUUAAGUUUAGUAAUUAGCACCAAAUUCAGGAAGGAUAGACAGGGGUUUCAAUAAGCACCGACGGCCAAGGAAAUAUGUUCUCUACUUUGCUUGUGGAAGUCGGCUACUUUUUUUAGAAAGAAGAAGGAAUCGAACUAGUUUGAAUAACUUUGUAAAGAAAAAAUAUAUCGUAAAAUCUGAAUGGGAACGUAAUUAUGAUGUGUGUGAUGUACAUGUGCCCACUAAUUUUCCACUGGUUUUACGUAAUGCCUUGGUCAUGCAAACACUAUAAUUAUUUCAGUCAAUUUUCACAAGUUUCUUUAUAGGUUUACGCAGAAUUUGUUAAUGCGCAAAAGUUAAGUUAGGUAAUGUAGUUUUCAUCAUUUGUUUAUUGCUUGCAGGAAUUGAUUGUGACUGAUAAAUCAAAAGUAGAAUGAAAGCUACACUUUCUUGAAUGCAGCUUGAACAUUUUUGAACGCUUGAACAUUCUUUUGUCCUCAAUUUAGUCUCCAGAACACUGAAAAUCGCAAUUUAGGGCUUUGAAAUUUCAAAAUUUUCUGGGGUGGCAUGUCCCCAGACACCCCCCCUGCUGGCCACUUCAAUUCUUAUUGAAAACCCUGGAUAGAUAUUCACACAGGUACAGCUGUACCUCAUUUUGGAAUCUCUGACCAAUUCUUCUAAUCCUGCUGGAGUUAAACACAUACACACAAAAGAAAACAAAACAAUUUGUGUACUUUGGUAGAACUAAGGAGUUUGUUACAUGUAGCAGGGCUCAAUAAGUGAUGGUCAAUAAAAUUAUUUUAUUUUAUAGACAUCAGACUUUUCUUGAAUUUAUUAGCUCUUCAUUCACUAAAGGCUCUCUGAAGAAGAUUCCUUUUUGCUUACAAGGAAAUCCCUCCUUAAGAAACUUAGCAAAAGGGGUGCAAUAAAAAGCAUCCCAGGUACACUGUAAUUUGAAAAGUGGCACUGUUCACAUAAAAAUAAUAAUGUAACCAUGUAAAUACAUCUGUAAAUGCUUUUUUCAGGAGUUCUUCCAGAGAAAGUUUCCAUCAUGCAAGGCUGCUAAAGGUACAGUACAAUGCAUGUGGUGAUGUUACUUUCAUGAUAUAAUCAAUUAUCUGUUGUAGUUUAAUUUUAUCUGUAGUUUUAUUUUGUUGUCCGUUUAAUAUUGGGUGGAUAUGGUAAUGUCAGUUUAAAACUAUGAAAUAUAUUCAAACCAACAAAAUAAUUUUUAAUUGCCGCAUAUCGAUGGAAAUUUUUAGGAAGGAUUGGGGAGAGGAGGGGAUGGCAUCUAAAACCAAUUUCCUCUUCAUGAGUGCUGUUGAAGUUGAGGCCUGAGGGAUAGAGUGGAGGGGGACAUUUGUGAAUGGGGUGUAAACUAAUUUAUUCUCUGUCCAUAACAAGCUGGGUUGGCAGAACACAUGAAACUUCACUUUAGGAUUCACUUUGCAGUUUUUGUCUGUUUGAGCUUAAAGUUUGCAGGGUAGUAGAACUUUCUAUUCCAAACAUUUGCAUGAUUUUUGGUUUAAACAGUUUUAAGUGGGAAAAUGAUAUUGCAAGAUUGACAGCAGAACUUAUUGAAUGUGAACUUACAUAAAGAUGUAACAAACAAAGAGAUUUUAUAGAGCACAACUCGACCUAAUCAAAUGUGAAAAAUUUUUUUGGAGAGGUAAAAAAUAAUAUUAAGCUUUGAUUUUUGAAUUUCCCAACAUUUUGUUAAUAUUUUUAGAAACGCGAGUACAUCAAAAGGCAACAAUGUACAUGUAUAUCUCAUUAAAAGCAACUAAGCUCUACAUGUUUAUUACUGUUCUGCAAAAAUUGCCGUCAGUAUAGAACAUGAAAGUGAACUACUCAAGUGUGUUUAACUGUUUUCAUGUCAGCAUUUUUUAAUGUCAAAUUAUAGAAAUUUUUUUGUGGUUUAUGGUUGUCAUGUAUGUAAGUUGAAUCAUACUGCUGGGAUAAAUACAAACAAUGUAGUUUGAUAAUUAAUGCAGGUUUUUUCAGCCAAGUAAAUUAAGGCAAUUUCAAAAUGUCGAUCCUAAAUUUUUUGUUACUCAAUUAAGAGAGGUUAAUUCAGAUCACAUGAAUAAAAAGUUGGAUUAACAUACUUUAGGUUUAAUCUAAUAUGAAUCUGCUCAGUGCACUUGAAAAUUAGUACAAGGGUUGAGACACAAUGUUUAGAAACUAAAAAUUUAAAAAUUGACCUUUUUGAGAAGUUUGACAAUACAUUGCCUGAGGUUUUUUUUUUCAUUGUUAUUGCAGUUGUUCUGGACACAGCAGGAAACUCCAGGUACCUUGAUGAGUUUCAAACUUUUUGUCAUAAGAGUGCUAUACGUAUCAUUAUAAUUUUUUAAUGUUUUGGCUUGAUUUUAUGUUUGCAGAGGCUUUGUUUUAUGUUUGUUUGUGUAUAAUGAUAAUGAGUCUGAAAUACAAUAAUUGAAAUAAAGUUAUUGUUGUUGUUUGUUGUUGAACCACAGUUAAUAUAAUUAUGGUUUUGUAUUUUUUGAAUGUUCUGGGAGUGUGUUUUUGGGCAAACAGUCUUUGAGUUAUUGAGAGAAACUUAUGAAUAAAUUGAAAUGACCUAGGGAGCAAAAGACCUGAUAUGGCAGGAGGUUUGAGUUAUUGAGAAUACCAUUAAGGUGCACCAGUGUACUGAAAAAAAAAAUUAAGCACACGUAGAUGCAGUCAAAGGUGUCUCACCUUACACAGUCACAUAAUUUACUAAUUUACAGUGCUACCUUGAAUUAUGUAAAAUGGUGUGAAAUUUCUGUAUUGUAGAGGAUAUGGUUUUGUGAGGUUUACUGAUGAGAUGGAACACAGGCAAGCCAUGAUUGAUAUGCAAGGUGCUGUGGGUUGUGGAUCCAAACCCUUGAGAGUUAGUGCUGCAACACCGAAGAGGUAAUAUAGAGACACAUUAACUGAUCUAUAAUAAACUGUCAAUUCUGAAACAUAUCUUGUGAGAUUCUCUUGCAAACCCCAAGUGCUUUUUUCUCUAUACUCAGAUUGUGAUACUAAAGAUUGCAUGUGGCUAAAUGUGAUUUAGGCAAAGUUAACCUCAAAGUAAUGCUGGUCAGCAGUUUCCCCAGCUAUACUAGGGGUAUUAAGCAUUGGUCAGUAAGUAUUCCACUGAAUUGUUCAGUGUGACUGUGCCUGGUGGGGGCAUCCUUGCAGGAUUGCCACGGAAACCUCCUGCUCAUGCUAGAGCAUUGCCCGGCUCCACCAACUUUGUAGGCACCAAUGCCCAGGAUCAUCUAUUGGUGAUCAGUUUAAACUUUAUUAAUGCUUGUGGUAAUUAAAGGUAAUGAAGCUUCGCUCAAACAAACGUAAAUUCUUUAUCGCUUAAAUAACCGCACUGCGACACCUAAAGGUGACAAACUGUAAGAAAGAAUGUGAAGCUAAAAUAACAGUGGAAAAUAUAUCUGACCCAACCCCAUUAACCCUAAUGUAAGGAAAAGUUACUUAUAUGCAGUGAGGGAAAUUAAUGCCAAAAAGGGGGCAACAUUCUAAAUAAAAUGAAGCAAAUUGCAUUUCUUUUUGUACAUUUAGCAUUCUAAAAAUAUUAAUCCAACACAGUGAGAAUAUUUUCAGUGGGAAAUCAAGUAUGGUAGUUCUACAGUGUAAUAAUGAGGGUGUGCAAAAAUUGUUUAGGAUUUAAAUCUACUCAAACCAGAGGUAGCCCAAGCUCACAAGUGUGCCUAUAAAUUAUAUUGUUAUUGAAUAACAUUAAAUUAUAGGGGUUCAGGGUUCAUGUCAGUAUUAUCAUUAUUAUAUGCAGUUAGUUGGUGGGGAAUAGAACAGCUAGGAAGUUGUUUUGGUUCCAUUUUCUUUUUGUUUCCUAUAGAAGUAGCCAGGGGUCAAUUUUGUAGCAGCCAUGGGAACUUAGUGAGAGCUUAAGGGGUUGUAUGUUUUGUUCUAGCGACUGCUAUUUUGGAGUCAAAAUAACAAUGAACAGGCUGCAGAAUUCCUUACCUUGUCUCCAUCUGUUACCUAUUAUUUACCCCUGACAUUUGAGUGAUUCCUGCAAGUUUUAGUUGUGUCAUUUUCCUCAGUUUACACUUAAAUAAAAUGUAUUUUCUUGUGCCCAAACUAAGUUGGUUUUGCUUUUUUGUGCCAGACCUCAAACUUCUACAGCAGCCUCUACAUCAGCAUAUAGCAGCUCCUCUGCAGCAGCAGCAACAGCAACAGCAAACCAGCAAUACAUGCAACAGUACCAGCAAUAUCAGCAAUAUCUUGCAGCAUGGCAGGGAUACCAACAGCAACAGCAACAACAGCAUCUUCAACAACAACAUCAGUAUUUUCAUCACUACCAGCAUUACAAUCCAUAUGGGCAGACAGCUUAUCAUUCACAAAUGGUAACCUUUUUAAUACAUCACGCACUAACCUUUAAUUAAUAGUCCUUUCUAUUUGUCAGAACUUAACGGCCACACCAUUGCUGUCAUUGUGAGAAUUUCACUUUUAAUCAACACUAUUCUGCCAGAUCAGUGAAAUCCCUAAUAUUGUGCCCUAAGGAGAUGGGUUUUAAGCAAAAAUUCUUGGAAAAAGCCCAUUAAUUUUAACUUUCAAACUGACUGUCUGGCAAUGGUUGGCAAUUCUGACAAAUGUAAAGUGCCCAUAGAAACCUUUCUAACUUUUGGAGUCUAUGGUUGAGAUCCUGAUGUAGUUUUUUUUAUUUUAUUUUAUUUUUAUUUUUUUUUCAUGAGAUAGUUUUUCAUUGGUACUUCCCUGUGCUGUGUUUUACAUUGUAAAGCUGUCCAAAGGGUUAUAAACUUUUUAGUCUUUAGAAUUAAAUCAUUAAUUAAGUGACCAAGACUGCAUGUGUAAAUAUUGUUGUAUAAAGUGAUUCUAACUUUGGUUUCUAUUAGUAUGUUGCCUGUUGAGUGGAAAAGUGUACUUCAAAAUGAAAAUGCAUAUGUUCAAAUAAUGAAGCAACAAAAUGCUAGUUGCAAGUUAGGUAUGCAUUGUAAGCAAAUGUGAUGAAAAGCCUACAAAAAUCAUUUGUAUAAACGGUCCUUAGUCUCUGAUACCAGAUCGUAAUAAUUUAAUCAUGACUUAGAUCAGUAAUAAUUAUGUUGUGGAUUGAGGUCUCAUGGUACAUGCUGCCAGGCCGUAACCAUGCAAGUACAUGUGUUUAUCUGCACGCUGUCUUGUCAUGCUGUAGGUGCCGUUAGAAUCCGGCACCUUCCAAGACAGUGCUGCCAACGUUUUGAAUGUGGCGCUACUACACUGUAUCAGGAACUCCGCAGAAUUAGGUCAUUUGAAGAGUUAGUUGACAAAUCACCUUAAAAUUAAGGCGAGGGCAAGGCUGUGUUCUUAGUGACCCUUCCCUGCUGAAUACUGUAGAAGGAAGUAAAUAAUCACUGUAUUAGAAAACGGUUUGAACCAGUUAGCAGUCAUGCCAUAAGUAGGUGGAAUAAUUAAAAUCGUUCAGGUGAGUGUAGUCCUGAUUAGGACUGUUGUUCGCAGUACAGAUCGUCGAAACGUCAGUUAUUAUCAACAACUGCCCAAUCAGGACUGAACUCACCCGGCCACCUAGUACUUAUAGUCACUCUCUGUCAUGUAGUCAGGUGUACAAGCCAGAUUGAAAGUAGCUGCGCUGACAUUCGUUUCUGACGUGAAGAAGAACUAGUUCUAAGACGCUGUUUUUCUUUUGCAGAGUUACGAGGAGCCAACUGUAACAGUGGACAACACCGCAGAAGGUAAAAAUAAUUUAUUCUUGUAGAUAGUUUUAACAAGUGAAAAAUCUCUGAUUUUAUAGUCAGCAAGCAUUGCCCAUUUGUUUUAGGCCGAAUACAAAACACUAUCAACUUUGAUCGGCAACAAAGAAAAUACACAGUCAUUAUGUUACUAGUUCUUUAAUUUUUUGAACAAAAGCUUUAAAACACUGCACCAAAUAAUUCAUUUUUGUUUUUAUUUGUUCGUUUUCUUACUUUCCUAGAUCCUAAUCCACCUCUAAACAUAACAGAAGAAAACAAAAGCAUUAUGUCAAGCGAGGCCGUAAGUUGAACAAAUUUUAGUUAUUCCUGAGUCAAAUAACCUCAUCAUGAAACUUUUGGGUGUUGCUCGCAUUCUGUUUUUCGCGCGGCUUGCUUCUUGCUAUGUUGCCUGUCCCAGACUUAGCUUACACGUACAUAAGUUGUAAGAACUGACUACAAAACGUCCUUCCCAGAGCCCCCUUCGCAGCCGUUCUUUGUGUUGUCAGGUAACGCGGGAAGAGCGUUGUUUAACAACACAAGGAACGGCUGCGUUGGUGUCGAGCUGUAGAUUUUAGAUUCUUCAUGUCUACGCGAUUCUGGGGAUUGAAACCUAAAAUGUUGUAAAUCGAAUGUUCCGUCAGUUCACGGGUUUUCUUUCUUGAGUCUUUAAAACGGAACGAACCUUAAUAACCGUAAGUUCGUUUACUUCGAAGAGAAAGAAGGAAAACGUCCAGGACCAGGGGUCGAUUCUCGAUAAUUCAGAGGACUCAUUUUGUUCCCGAGAACUCCAAACAACUAUAUGUAACAUCAGAAACUGAAUCGGAGAAUUGUAGUGGGGGAUUAUUUUUAGACCGAACUGAAGCCCGUAGGACCUUGAAAAAUUAUUUUCGUGGCCGGCUUAGGGUCUGGAUGAGCUGGAGCCCGACGUAAUGAAUCCGCCACUGAAUGGUGUUCGUACAUUCCUUCUAUUUCGUUAUACAUUUGUAAUAAUAAAUAUUUUGUACCUAUUCCUGUUUGAAACUGCUCAUCCUACCUAACGUUUCUGUUUACGACAGGAUUUUUUCUACGAACUGGAACAGUCAAGAUGGCAACCGGUAGAGACGCUUAGUUCAGGAGCUAAAACUGUUCCCGCAUAGCUUUGUGUAUCACAUAGUAUUAAACCGUCUGGUCAGAAAUCGUAAUUUAUUGUCAUUUUAUCGCUGUUCAAGUUCUUUCAGUGUCCCUCAGUCAAAACAAAAAUGCAAAAUUUGCAGCUUCUUAUUUUGGUACAGUACUGUCUUUUGAUUUAGAGCACAUUAAAACGCUCUCAAGACCAUUUACAGGCACCGCGGCUGUGUCCAGGUGAGUCCGUUCAGGGUUACAAACGUGUGCGUCUACUGCUGUUCACACGAGAACGAUGUCAAUCCGUUUACGAACCUUAUUCACACUGGAGACCGGUAAAGACGACCGUUUACACUGUUCAAAGAAAGACCCAUAAUUUUGCACGUAUGCGUUUAUAAGCUCCAACGGACUCAUGUAGACAAAUAAAAUUAUUGCAAAGAGGCGUUUUGCCAGAAAAAGGGUUUUCCUGUGGUAAUAGGGAGUUUUAGCAAUAAUGUCAGCGACGCUAACACAAAGCAAGAAACUUGCUAGUGCCCUUAUACCUGGGGCCGCUUCCCGGAAAUAUAGUUAAGUUUAAUCCAUGAUUAUGCCAAAUUUUAAGCAGAGUAUUUUAGUCUCAGGCUAUGUUCACACUGUACUGGAUAGCUUUUGCGCAUGCACGAAAAUCAUACCCGACACUAGGGCUUUUGUUCACGGUCACAUAAAAACGGUGAUUUCCGCGCGGUUUCUGUAAGGGAUCGACACUGCGCUGCGCCAAUCUCGAAAGUCGAGUGUCACGUGUGGUAGAGGUUCUUUGUUACACACUUGGUGUAUUGUGAACAGGUAUUCGAACCUUAUAUAGAGGAAGUAAAUAAGUAGGAAAGAGGACUGGAACCCGGCGCUGAGACGGAAGUAACCGCUCUUGUACGAUCGGUUCAAUGUGUGUGAACGACUUGCUCCACUACUGUGCUAUUGCUGUCCAUACUAUAAUGGAUAGGCUUGCUUUUCGUGUUGGCACUCAAAGAUAUUCGGUAUAGUGUAAACAAAACCUUAGAACGUCGUGUAUUCGAGCUUUCCAAACAUUUUGGAGCCUUCCCUUUGAGAUACAGUUGUGAAGACAAAAUGAUACUGUGUAAACAAUUCAUUGAAUCUAUAGAAAUGAGAACAGAAUCUUGGGGCAAAAUUUAAAUCGUGGAUAAGUGCUUAUCGGCUUUUCAGGAACCCUACAGUUGACAUGCUCGCCCUUUUCUCGCCGUUCCCUGCAAAACAGGAACGUCUGGCCCUAGCUCUUCAAAAGGUGGAUAACGUUAUUGAGUUAUCCGGUGGAUAACGUAAUUGGUUUCUUUAGUUUAUACUUGUCCCCGCUGGAUAGUGACUCACUCGGUGGAUAGGCCUAUCCAAUGUUUGAACAACUGGGGCCGGAUGAUCAAAUUUACAGCUUUACGAAGAUGAACAUUCAGCUGUUGAUUGUAAUUCUGUAUUACAAAUUCAGAAUUACAUGAAUUGAAAUGAAACGAAAUAGCGCGAAUUGGUUUGAGGCCAUCGUUAUUGCUAAACGUUCCUGUUCUUUACCGCUGCGAUUACCCAAGUCAAACGAGC